GCGUCGCACAGCUAGUGACGCAAGUCGCAGACGCGCGCCGGCGACACCUGUCAUUGCCUGGGGUUUGUUCCUGAGGCGAAGCCGGCGCCAUGGCGGUUCUCCUGGAGACCACUCUGGGCGACGUGGUCAUCGACUUGUACACCGAAGAGCGGCCGCGCGCUUGCUUGAAUUUUCUGAAGUUGUGCAAAAUAAAAUAUUACAAUUACUGCCUUAUUCAUAAUGUACAGAGGGAUUUUAUCAUACAAACAGGAGAUCCUACAGGGACUGGCCGUGGAGGAGAGUCUAUAUUUGGACAACUGUAUGGUGAUCAAGCAAGCUUUUUUGAGGCAGAAAAAGUGCCAAGGAUUAAGCACAAGAAGAAAGGCACUGUGUCCAUGGUGAACAAUGGCAGUGACCAACAUGGAUCUCAGUUUCUUAUCACUACAGGAGAAAAUCUAGAUUACCUUGAUGGUGUUCAUACAGUGUUUGGUGAAGUGACAGAAGGCAUGGACAUAGUUAAGAAAAUCAAUGAGACGUUUGUAGACAAGGAUUUUGUUCCAUAUCAAGAUAUCAGGAUAAAUCAUACAGUGAUUUUAGAUGAUCCAUUUGAUGACCCUCCUGAUUUACUAAUUCCUGAUCGAUCACCAGAACCUACAAGGGAACAAUUAGAUAGUGGUCGGAUAGGAGCAGAUGAGGAAAUUGAUGACUUCAAAGGAAGAUCAGCUGAAGAAGUAGAAGAAAUAAAGGCAGAGAAAGAGGCUAAAACUCAAGCUAUUCUUCUAGAGAUGGUGGGAGACCUACCCGAUGCAGAUAUUAAACCUCCAGAAAAUGUGUUGUUUGUGUGUAAAUUGAAUCCAGUGACCACAGAUGAGGACCUGGAGAUAAUAUUCUCAAGAUUUGGGCCAAUAAGAAGUUGUGAAGUUAUUCGAGAUUGGAAAACAGGAGAAUCCCUGUGUUAUGCUUUUAUUGAAUUUGAAAAGGAAGAAGACUGUGAGAAAGCUUUCUUCAAAAUGGAUAAUGUACUCAUAGAUGACAGGAGAAUACAUGUGGAUUUUAGCCAGUCUGUUGCAAAGGUUAAAUGGAAAGGGAAAGGUGGGAAAUACACCAAGAGUGAUUUCAAGGAAUAUGAAAAGGAACAAGAUAAACCAUCCAAUUUGGUUUUGAAAGAAAAAGUAAAGCCAAAACAGGAUGCAAAAUAUGAUCUUAUAUUAGAUGAGCAGGCAGAAGACUCAAAAUCAAGUCACUCACACACAAGUAAAAAACACAAAAAGAAAACACGUCACUGUUCUGAAGAAAAAGAUGAUGAGGAAUACAUGCCAAUCAAAAAUCCUAAUCAGGAUAUCUACAGGGAAAUGGGUUUUGGCCAUUAUGAAGAUGAAGAAAGCUGUUGGGAGAAACAGAAGAGUGAAAAGAGAGACCGACGUCAGAACCGCAGUCGGAGCCGAUCUCGAGAAAGGGACGGUCACUAUAGUAGCAGCCACAAACCCAAGUACCAGACAGAUCCUUAUGAAAGGGAAAGGAGUAGAAAGAGAGACCGAAGCAGAAGUCCAAAGAAAUCCAAAGACAAAGAAAAAUCUAAGUACAGAUGAGCUGGACGAGGUGGAAAUGAAUGGCUAGCAGGUCUGCUCCUGCCUUACCUGGAGCACUCACAGUCACAGCUAGCUCUACCUUACAGCCUUGCAGGUUCACACUGAUGGUGGGGGGCACUGGAAGAGAGUGGGGCAUUUUCUGUGUAUACUUUUUUGUACAAAUUUUAUUGUUAUGCAUACAUGGUAGCAUUCAUAUUUAACAUCUUUCAUAUUUUCAGUCCUUUUUAAAUGAAGCAUUUCAUACCACAGAUAUCUGUAAAUUGUAUAUAAGAAAUAAAUAGUAAGUUGUAUACCUGGCUGUAGUAAGAGAUGGAGUGUCACUCACUAUGGAAGUUCCAUAUGUCCCUUCCCCCUCCAGGAAUUAUCAUUCUGAGUUGUGUUUGCCUGCUGUUAAUUUUAUAUAGUUUUGAAUUUUAUAUAAAUGAUAUGAUAUAUGUUUAUUUCUGUGACUUUUUUAAAGAGUUGAUUGAUUUUUUUUUAUUAGGUAGUUGUAAUGAAUAUGAAGCAGUUGAUCUGUUGAUGAGGUUUUGAGUUUUUGCUAGUUUUGUUAGUUUUUGCUAAUCUAAGCAGUGCCACUGUGAACGUUUUGUCUGGGCGUGGUACUAUCUAGCCAUAUUGUUUGAAUUUUCAAUGCAUUUAUAAUUAUGGUUGCUUAGUUUAUCUAGUAUGUGGAUGUGUAUGGGAGCAGGGGUAGCCACAAGAGUAUCAGUCACCAUGCAGCUUAGAGCAGUUGUUGCUCCAUUGCAUACAUGCUUGACCACCAAUAGAAAAGGCGUGACUGCAUAAGAAGCUAGCAUCCUGCCUAGGGAGAUGGCUCAGUUGGUGCUGUGCUUGCUUCACAAGCACAGGACUGAGUUCAGCUCCUCAGGACUACAUAACUAGGCUGACAGUGCAUGCUUGUAUCCCAGCACGGGGGAGGUAGGAGCAGGUGAAGCUUCAGGGUUAGUGAGAAACCUUGUUUCAAAAACUGUGAUGGGGAACGAAUGAGGAAGACACCUGACAUUGACCUCUUGUCUCCACGUACGUGUACAAAAUUGUGCAUGCACGUGCACACAGAGAUGAAUAAGCAGAGUUAUCCUGGAAAGACAACUGCAAGUGUUGCUUUCACAGAUGAUUCUAAAAUGUGGUCUGGAAAAAUGAGUAAGAGACAAACUGGGAACAGUGAGAAGUCACCUACUGACAGCUGAGACUUGACUUAAUAGCUCUGAAAUAUUGACAUGGUAAAAGUUUAUGCACCAAGCAUUUCAAGGAAAAAAUAUCCUUUAUUGCAAAUGAUGAGAAGCUGUUUUAUUUUUCCUAUACACUUGACAGUAAUUUUAUAUACUUAUGGAGGUGUAAUAUGUUUUGAUAUAUGUUCAUAUUCUGGGACGAGUAAAUCCAUUUACAAAUGUU